AUGCAUCAUGGUGGACAAAAGCCUCCGGGAUAUCAAUGGCGCUCCUCGAAAUUAUUUAUCCUCACUUGCGUUACAAUAGCUCUGUUCUCGGAAAACUUCUUAUACAGCUUCAUCAUCCCCAUCCUGCAGUUUAUACUCGAGGAUCGCCUUCAGCUCGACCCAGCAAAAACACAAACAACUACAUCAGCACUACUUUCGACUCACGCCUUUGUGUGCUUUAUAUCGGGGCCAUUCAUCGGUAGCUUGGCUGACAAGAUUUCCUCGCGAAAGGUGCCGUUAUUGCUCUCAUUGGGAGGAGAGAUUUUGGGAACGAUUAUUAUUGCGGCUGCACCAUCAUUACCGGUGCUAUUUCUCGGACGUGUCAUUCAGGGUAUCUUCGGCAAUGCAGUAUGGAUUGUUGGCUUUGCAACGAUUGCCGACACCGUGGGAUCUGAGAACAGGGCUCGAGUCAUAUCUGCAAUAUCUGCGUUCUUCAUUUCCGGGUUGUUGGUUGGUCCUAUGGUCUCCGGGACACUGAUUGAUCUGAUCGGAUACUGGCCAACAUGGCUGACAGCAAUCGCCAUUCUGGUCGCUGAUAUGAUUAUGCGGCUGAUCAUGAUCGAAAGCCCUAUGAAAGGAGUCGAAGAUGUGGAGGACUCAGUGCCGGAGAUUAUCACACCAGAUGAGACUUCCUGUCUUAUUCCUUCAUCUGCAAAUGACGACCGUGAGCAAGGAUACCAUACAAAACGGGACGAAUCACUACUCUCAUGCCCCUCCCAAUCGCCAGCUCAAAACUUCUACAAGGUCGUUCUUAGUCACCCCCGGGCCCUUACUGCCAUGGCCUGCCAUGCUACCAAUGGCCUUUCAUUGGUUGCUAUCGACACCACUUUGCCACUGCAUGUCACGCGAGUCUUCGGUUGGGACACUUCCCGAGUAAGCUUAAUGUUCUUGCUACUGCAGUUACCCACUCUCUUCCUCUCUCCACUUACCGGGUGGAUGAAAGACCGAAUGGGCACAAAGGUCCCGUCUGGGGCUGGGCUACUAGCUACGGCGUUGUUGCUUUGGCUUCUGGGCACGUCAGGCCCGGAUGGCUUAUCAUCUAUUGGCUCCGGUGAGAGAGGCCAAGCCGUCUAUAUGGCCUCGAUGCUUGGAUUAGGGUUGGCCAGGACACUAAUCACGGGCUGCGGAGUGAUGGAGAUGACCGGUGUAAUGAUAGAGUUACAGGAAACACAGCCUGCUAUAUUCGGGCCUAAUGGUGGAUUCUCUCGGGCUUAUUCCCUCACCAAUAUGAGUUGGACAUUCAGCAUGUUCAUCGGGCCAAUACUUGCAGGUUCUCUCACACAAACGGUGGGAUAUUACUACAUGAACGUGACUCUCGCGUUGUUGUACUUUCAAAAGAAGUAG